UCCCGGGCCAGCAAACCAAACUGCUCUUAUCGUUUUGCCUCAAAGCGACUCGGGUAUGUGUCUCUAGUAGACCGACGCUCCCAACCGAGAGAGCUGCUCGAUCAGUCCGCUGAAUCCUCUAUGCGCGAUGCGGGUUGGAGUAUUUCGCCCCCAGGGAUAGCCAAUCCUCAUCCAACUCCUAAUCAACCUUCCCGCCAGAUUCCGUCCACAAGUCCGCAGGUUGGCACGAGGCUCGGAGAGACCAAGAAACCCGUAUUCAAGGUGCCCGAGUUACCCAACAUGGAACCUGGAUACAAGGCCUUCAUGAAAUCGGUCCAAACGUUGGAGUACCAAUCCAUGCAUUUCCAGAAAGAGCUUGCAGGCUUCAAAGACGAAAUCGUCCAGCGGAACAACAUGAUAAUCCAACAACCAACCAGUGCAUACAGGACUAAGGCUAUCAACAUCAAUUUCCACUUGAUAGAAAAUGUCACCGAGCUACAAGCCAUCCACAGCCUCAUGCCCACCUCUGCGCGAGAUCGGUUGUUCAAGCUGUUCGACAAGGGCGUCGUGCUUAGACCACUGCAGCCAUCUAACAUUAUACCCUCUGGGUCGGCGAGGAUCAAGUUGGUUGGAUCGAGGACCAAGGUCGGAAGAAAAGCUCACAAGAAAAUCAAACAUGUGUCUUACCGAAGGACAAUAACGGAGCCAAGGAUGGCUGAUUAUCUAGUGGAGCAAGAAGUCAACGGACGAGAGCCGUCAGAUCUUGACAAUCCCAUCAAAUCAUCUUCAAGGGCGUCGGGCGGGGCAGGAAGCCGCUCAUUGAUUCCGCUCCAGCCGGGCGAAUUGAGGGGCGAUGUGCUUGAUGUGGUGAUGGAUAUGGUGACGUGGGGAUGGCUGGAGAGGCUGAAUGCUCUGUUGCACAAGAUCAUGCCCUUGGAAAGCGCGCUCAAACUGAUCCGGGUCAACACCGGCGACUCGAUCUUCACCCAUGUCGAUCUCUUCGAGCACUUGCUCUUGCAGCAAUGUGUCUUCAGGACAGUCGAGCUCACAUACAUCUACCGUCUCAUCCCCUUGGCCCAUCUUGAGCACUUCCUUCAAUUCAAAGAUACCCUCCGUCUAGCUUCAAUUAACCUCUACGAAAGUUGGAAGGUCUUCCGUUAUCUCGCUGGUCGCCGCCAGAUAUAUUUCCAUGGAUUCCAUUAUUCGAAAACGUUUGUUGAAUUGGUUGACCAAGGUAUUGAGCAAAUGGUCCCCAAGAUAGUCAUAGACAAAACCCGACACUCAUUUUCACCAUUCUACUGAGCAUUAUUAGUAUCAUGCCUAGUUUUCUUGGUUCCAAUUCCCAAUCACAAUAUUGGUGGACUCUGCUAAUAUAUCUCAGAUGUGUCGCAAA